AUGAAGAUAUUGUUGUGCUUAGUUUAUAUUUUCUGCGUUGGAAGUAUUCAGGCGGCUGGACCUGAAGACAACCACGUAAGACCAUGCCAGAAAGGUGACCUGGACUGCAUUAAACGUUUCUUUGCUACAAACUUCAAAUGCACACCUGGAUCUGCUGAUUCACACAUAAUCAAAGUGAAACAACAACGUUUUGAACUCCCAGUAGCUGGUCUGACUGCAACUAUUCACAACGCUGAGAUUAAAGGGUUAGAUAUAGGCCGAAUUGAGGAAUUCUACAUAAACAACAAGACAGAUAUAUUAGUAAUGGAAGUCGUUUUUGACCAAAUCGUGAUAGAUUCAGAAAAAACCGAAAUGGUUCAUUAUCGCAUGGGCAGAGCACCUACUGAACUAGAAGACUACACUAGCACAAUAUUUAAGGAUUUGAAACUGACAAUGACCAUUUUAAAUGUGAGUGAUCUUAAUACGUCGUCUUGUUACGUGUAUGCAUUGAUACCAGAUGUAAGUGAUGUCAAUUUAAUAAAGGGUCCCGGACUGUCAGGAUUGGAUGUGACAGAACUUUUUAACAUGGCCAGAGACGCCAUGUUGACAGAAGGUAAAGCUCUGAUGGAAGCAUUCUUGCGAUCCCAGAUCUGCGAUCUGAAGUGCGAGAUUUAA